AACUUUCUAGCAUAUGUAGAGACACGGGACAUCAGGAGACAGAAAACUUCCUGAAACCAGAGGGGACACAUAAUCAUGGAUAUCUAUUUGUGGAAAGUUGUGUGUGUUGUAUGUGCUCUACUCCUUAAUGCUACAGGCUUACUCUCCCAGCUGGAUGUGUGUGGUCGGCCUCCACUGAACACCAAGAUUGUGGGUGGUGAAGAUGCUGCUCCUGGGUCCUGGCCUUGGCAGGUCAGCAUUCAGUCAGGAGGCUUCCAUUUCUGUGGUGGCAGCCUGAUCAAUGAGAACUGGGUCUUAUCGGCUGCUCACUGUUUCCAAAGCAUUACUGCACCUGAAAUCACAAUCUAUCUAGGAAUGGAAAGUCUGGAGGGGACUAACCCUAAUAUGCAGAAAACAGGCACUAGUAGCAUUAUUAAUCACGAAGAGUAUAACCCUACCACCCAUGACAAUGAUAUUGCACUAGUCCAGCUCUCCUCUUCAGUUAUUUUCACCAAUUAUGUCAUGCCAGUGUGCCUUGCAGCAAGCAACAGUUCUUUUCCUGGUGGUACUAAUGUCUGGGUCACAGGAUGGGGUAAUAUUGCUUCUGACGUGAAUCUGCCGUUCCCUAAAACCCUGCAGGAGGUGCAGGUGCCGAUUGUCAGUAACAGUGACUGUGCAAAAGCAUAUGGAUCUGGCUCUAUCACAGACAAUAUGAUGUGUGCUGGCUUAACUCAAGGAGGAAAAGACUCAUGUCAGGGUGAUUCUGGAGGUCCACUGGUGGUCAAGAUCAGUGGAACAUGGGUUCAGGCUGGGAUUGUGAGCUUUGGCAAUGGUUGCGCUUUACCUAAGAUCCCCGGUGUGUACACCAGAGUGUCUCAGUAUGAAGACUGGAUUAACAGUAGGAUCAGCAGCAGUCAACUGGGAUUUAUUCAAUUCUCAAAUGGCAAUCAUGGCUCCCCCAACCUCUUCUGUCUGUUCCUUUCUUCUUCCAUCAUCCCAUUCCUCCUCUCCCUCUACAACUCCUAGUGAUAUCAGUCAAAUUAAACAUACAAGCAAAAACAAAAGGAGUGAGUUAACAUUACUAUAUUAUGUCAAUGCCUUACACAAGAUCCAUAUUUAGCUUUUAUAUGUAGCUUUUACUUAAGUACUUAACGGACAUAUGUCAACUUAAUUUUCUACAAAACUACAUUUUAAAGAUGCAGUUUAACUGGAAAACAAAGACACAAAACAUCACUGAUGAGCCUGAUCAGAAUACAUUAUGAACCCUUCAGGUUUAGUUAAAGUCGUUCUGAAUGACAUGGGAAAGAGGAAGAUCUUUGAAUUAUGAUUUCCUGCACUCCUGGCAACAAAUGGCUAUUACAUCACUGGAAAUCAAGCUUGCAAUCUCCUGAUCUUUGGGUGAACACUUAGUUGAAGUAUUUAAAACUUUCUUAUUUUUAUUGUUCAAAUCUUUUUUCACCCCAUAUUGAGGAGUUACAGUUGUUACUUUUCUCAGCCACUCUACUUGAACAAUCCAAAUAGCCUUAUGAAAGCCACUGUAAUAGCAAUUCAUAAUGUGAAGCUUUCUGUAAUCCAAAUAGCCUUGCCUAAUGUAAUAAUAUUGUAGUGUCAUGUUUUAAUAAACCUUUGAUACAGUAA